UCAUCCAUCACAUCAACCACCGAACAUCAUCCAUCACAUCAUCCACCACAUCAUCAACCAUCAACCACCGCACAUGGACGACCGCCUCGCCAAGCUGCCGUGGCAGACCAUCCGGUCGUGCACCCGCACAGACUCGGGCGAACGACUCCGCCUCCACCUCAAGGCCCACUUUGCCCAGGACGAGUUCGUUCUGCUGGCAACCGACCUCUGCGACUGGUGGCAUACCCGCUACGACGCCGACAGGGUCGCCACAGACGUCGAUGUCUAUGCCAAAGAGCUCGCAUCAACGGACAUGAAGGAUCUCUUUCUACUCUUGAAGAACCUUCUCCAGCCAGCGGACCCAGACGGCACGCAGCACAGCAUCACCAUCGCCGAUCAUGGCCAUCUCCUGGUCGAGGCCAAGGGCCAUGUGGACCGUGAGCGGCUCCUCCCGAUCGAAUUCACGUUCCGGCUCGAUCGCUUGGACAGCUCGACCGACCCGAGACUGGGCGACAUGGUCACCACGCAUGUCACCCUGCCACUGAUGCUGAUGGCAGACGAGUAUCGCCUCCGGUCCCAGCGCCUGAGGGGCAUGCUUCGCGAGUAUGCCCGUGAGCUGAGGGACCUGCAAGAUAUCGUGGCCCGCCAGGGCAUCAGAGCACCAGGCUCAUUCGAUGUCAACGCAAGCGAUCUCGACGACCCUGAAGCACCAUCUGAAACGGAUCCAGUAGAUCCCCGGACACAUCCCGAGAACAUCAUGAAGUUCUUCCGGGGCGACGAGUCCCUUUACCAGUCUUGUUUGGCCAGGAUCCAGGACAGCUCGACGACCACCGCCACUGGACAGAUCGACCGUCUCCGCAGCCUCGAGCGAGAUAUCGAUUUGGGGGCUCCGUCCCGUGGGCCCAGAAACGGGCCUAGUUCGCAGCAAGAGACUUGGACAUUCGACUCCUUGAGCAUGUUCCAGACAAUGGAGACGGCGAGUUUGCAGUCGCAGCGGAGCGCGCUGGUCAACGAAGACCGCCAGGCCAACUCGACCACAGGGGCGCCAGCAGAGCCUCCAAAGCCGGCAGCAGCAACCAAGCCGAAGCGCACCGUCGUUGACUUGGAGACACUGCAGCGACGGGCCGAGGAAGCGGCGCAGAGCCAGGCGAAGCGACCAAAGAAGCUUGUUUGAAGAUUCCGUCCGUUUCAAGGGCCCGAAAUGCUCGCCAUUUUGGCUCGUCGGCCAUUGUGCCGGCCUGACGCUGCUGAAUACCCCCAUGCAAAGCUGGGAGAGAGGGGCGUUGCCAUCUGUCCUUGGCCCGUCCUGACUAUGCCCAAAUGCGAUCAGCCUCACUCCAACAACGGAGCGUUAUGCGUGUACGAAGGAAG